CCCGAGGGGCACUUGUGUGUUUGUUAACGGUGUGACCCAGGGGGUGCCCGGGGAGCCCGAUGGGGCGGAAUACGUGUUCCCCAGUGAAAGGGGCAGGGAGGCGGCAGGGAGCAGGGCACUGGCUUUCACGCAGCUCUUCGUUUGACCAGCUCUGCUGCGGCCGCGGUGCCUUCACGGCUUAAUUGGGGUCUCUGGGACCCACCUUCGUUUUUAAAUAGGGAGAGGAAAAUGUCCCUGAGUGCCACCCAUGGUUGCUGAAGAAACACGAAACCCCACGAGACUCGGGCCCACAGAUGCCACACCUCUUCCCAGGGAACGCAAAGCCCCGCCCGGGUCGCGCACAACGCCAUGAACGUGCCCCUCGUCUGUGACUACGGCUCAGGCUUCAGCAAGGUGGGCUUCUCGGGCAUGGAGGCCCCCCGGGCCGUGUUCCCCACCAUCCUCGGGAAACUUCGACACGACAAUCUGUUGGUGGGGAUGGAAGAGGAAGACUGGUUCAUCGGCGACGAGGCUCAGAAAAGGCGACGGGAGCUUAACCUGCAGUGUCCUGUCUCGCGGGCGACCGUCACUAACUGGGACAACAUGGAGAAGAUUUGGCAUCACUCCUUCUACCAGGUGCUCUGCAUCGCCCCCGAGCAGCAUCCUCUGAUGGUGACCGAGCCACCCUCAAACCCGAUGUCCAGCAAGGAGAAGAUGUCACAGAUUUGGCAUCACUCCUUCUACCAGGUGCUCUGCAUCGCCCAGCGUCCCCACCUUGCGGAGAAUCGUUCCCUCAUCAGCCAACUUCACGGAGGCAGUGCCCUGCCUACCACCCCUGCCACCUCCUCCCUAACAUUCUUGUCCGCUGGUCUCCCGUGUAUCCUGUCUGAGACCUUCAACGUGCCCGCCCUGCACUUAGCCAACCAAGGAGUCCUGUCCCUCUAUGCCUCCGGCCAGACCUCCGGAACAACUAUUGAAUCUGGAGAAGGAAUGACAUACUUUGUGCCCAUCAUUGAUGGCUGUCCCCUGCAUCAGUCAACCAUCCAGAUGGACAUAGCGGGCCAAGACCUUACAUUGUACCUCCUGCAACUAUUGACAGACAGUGGGCACUCGCUGGUGAGCAGAGGUGACUGGGAGUACAUCCGGGACAUAAAAGAAAAAUGCUGCUACGUGGCUUCGGACUUCAAGAAGGAAAAAAUGAAAGCCAGCUCUCCUUCCUACGCGCGCAAGUUUCAGCUGCCCGACGGCCAGGAGAUCACUCUGGGGCCGGAGAAGUUCCUCUGCCCCGAAGGGCUUUUCCAGGCAGACCUCAUGGGGAGAAACAGCCUGGGCAUCCACAUGAAGGCCUUCCGGAGUGUCAGCUCCUGCAGCCCUGCCCUCUGGAAGAUUCUCUUCGGCCACAUGGUUCUGUCCGGCGGCACCGGCUGCUGUCCCGGCCUGCGCUUCCGGCUGCAGAGGGAAAUAGCUGCCCUGGUCUCCCCCACCAUCAACGUGAAGGUGUCCAGCUGCCCCUCUUCCAUACACAGCGCCUGGCUGGGCGGCUCCAUCCUGUGCUCGCUGUCCACCUUCAAGGACAUGUGGGUCACCAGCAAGGAGUACAAGGACAUUGGUGCCUCUAUCGUCAGGAGGAGAACCUUCUAAUUUGUGGCUUUGUGUAUCCCAUCACUUGCCCCAUCGAUGCCAAGCCCAGGCUGAACCCCAGCUUGGUUGAACUGAUCAGAGCUCAGAACCAACUUGAACGUGGGGGGGCCCUUCCUCGCCAGACUUCCGUAGAAGUGGUCAAUAAAGGACAGACGCUCUCUGUCUGGGCAAGGCUUGCAACAUCUUG